CCUUUGUCGGACGCGGUGAUGUGCAGGGAUCGCUGACGUGGCCUCUCCUGAUGCGUCGGAUUGUGGAGAAAAACCACAAUCCGCGCAUAACUGCAUCCGACGGCAGCGGUGAAGGCGCGGGUGGGGGGCGGAUCGCUGACGUGGAAAGCGGGGCUAUCACCGCUUUGGUCUUCAGCGGUGAAGUGCCCGCGCGCGUCCACGUCAGCGAUCCGCGCCCCUUCACCGCUGUUGGAUCCAACGGUGAAGGCUUCACUGCCUGCCACAUCAACGGUGAUGCCAUCACUGUCGUCCUUGACAGCGAUGAUGGCAUCACUGCUUUGGUUUAAAGCGGUGAUAACAUCACUGCUUUAGUCUAAAGCGGUGAUGUAUCAUCGUUUUAGACCAAAACGGUGAUCAACAUCACUGUCUUAGACAAAGACAGUGAUGUUGAAACUGCUGUAUUUUGGGAAUUAGUUUUAUAAGUACUGUAUUUUGGUAAUUUUUUUUAAUAAUUGGUAUAUUCUGGGAUUUUUUCCAAUAUAUGGUAACCAAAGAGAUUAAUCAAUCAAGUUUUUAUAAUAUGGUUACAUACCGUAAUGAAGUUACCACAAUUUUGACCUUCCGACCUAUAGUAGUUGUUUUUCAGGUGACCUGGUUGGGCCGAAGGUGCUUCUUCGACGUCCCACUUGAUUGGGCUGCUACUGGAUUCUUUCCGACGAGCUACUGGGCUUCUUGUAGUCUCUGAACCAGGUUGGGCCGGAGGUGCUUCUUGGACGUCCCACUUGAUUGGGCUGCUACUGUUUUCUUUUCGACGAGCCACUGGACUACCGGGGCUAGAGGAAGAGUUGUUGCUCCGGCCAGCUCCCUCCGACUCGGAACCAAACAAGUAUCCCAAAGAACUCCGGCCGCCGCCAUAGCUCACUCCACGGCCCAUGCUUUUUCCUUCUGAUCAAUUUUGUGUUAUGGAAUUAGUCACAUUGCGAUUAUUAUAUAUGUAAACUGCAUUGCUUGGCAUAAUUAGCAUAAUCGCUUGUGUAAUCAAUCAUCAUCAAGUUCAAUCCUAAUAGUUGUCUUAUGUGUGGUUUAUCACCUGAAACGUAAUCACACCCGGAUUAACAUGAUAGAUAUUUUUUUUAAUUACAUCAUGAUGUUGAUUAUACUUGAAUUUCGAUGUCACGAUCCCACCAAAGCAAAAUUUAAUGUGUGUUGGUAUGCUACAAUUCACGGAUUAAUCUUGUUUCGGACAUGUAUGCUUGUUUAUAAAACAUCAAUAUAAUUAUUUUAUAUUUCCCAUAUAUACUUUCUCUUAGCACGCUAAUUAAGUUAAAUUCUUUCUUCUCUAAAAAUAUAAAUAUCUCUCUCGAAUUUUGAUUAACCUCAAACAAAAAUACUGAACAUAUAAUGCACGAAAUACUAAAGCAAAACUUCUUGCAACAAUAAAUUAUGAGCUCCUUUUUGGAAGUUGGAUAAUAGAUCAAAUCCAAUAAAUCUUCCAACCACGAGAAAUGAAGUUCAUGUGUUCACAGGAAAAAAAAAAUUUAUUAUGAGAUACAAUCAAAUAUAGGGGAACACAAUUUUCUUAUGACAAAAAGGUGAAAAACACAUAGAGAUUUUUCAAAGAACAUGAGAUUUCAAAUAUUUUAGAUAUAAACAAAUGAUUGUUUUAAACAAUUGUUAGCAUGUACCUUUUUUUCCUUUUGUUGGGUUUCCAAUAUUCCCCCAAGAAUGGGAGAAAAGAUGAGGAAAGGGCAAAAAGCUAGCCUUCUUGGAUUUACUAGUUUAUACAAAGCACUAAAUGAGCAUUGGCAACAAAUAGCCAGCCAAUUAAGUCUCCAUUUUAAUUAAGAUUUGAACAAGUC